AUGGACGAAGGACAUCAAGAAAAAGAAUUACCAAGGCCAGCGGCUCCCACUGAUACACAGGAAACCCUCUCAGGGGGUAUGGAGGAAAAGAAGGACAUGAAGGAGCAUAUAACCUCUUCGGGCUCUGAUACCGACGGACCUGAAGUUGUCGAUGACUCCGGUCAUGAAUCAGGUCCAGAGCACAGCGACCCCACCUUGCCUCAGCCCUACCGUACCAAGAGUACUCUCUCUUCGUCAUGGGCCCAUACGGCUUGCGUUGUGCCCAGGUCAGAUCGAAGAGGACUCCUGGCACGUUUUGCUUUCAUUCCCGAGGUUGAGCGUCCUGUUGAGUACAAGAACAAGACAAAAUGGAUGAUCACGGCUAUUGUUGCUCUGGCAGCCGCCGGUGCCCCCUUUGGCAGUGGCAUCUUUCUUCCUGCUCUUGAACAGAUGGCUGAAGACCUACAUUCAUCGCCAACUAUCACCAAUUUGGCAGUUGCGCUGUACAUGCUGGCUAUGUCAAUAUUUCCCCUCUGGUGGUCGUCAUUCUCGGAAACGUUGGGCCGACGGACCAUUUACAUCGCCUCUUUCACCCUGUUUGUUGUCUUUUCAGUCCUGAGCGCUGUCAGCGUAAAUACUGCUAUGCUUGUGACAAUGCGUCUUCUUGCCGGAGGAGCAUCAGCGUCCGUCCAAGCCGUCGGUGCCGGCACUAUCGCCGACAUUUGGAAGCCAGCAGAGCGUGGCCGAGCCAUGGGCAUCUUUUACUUGGGCCCCCUAAUCGGCCCUUUGUUUCUCCCAUUAUCGGCGGUGCACUUUCCCAGGGUUUUGGAUGGCGAUCAACUAUGUGGUUUCUCGCCAUCCACGGCGGUUGCCCCCCCAACCCCGCCUGCCGAGGACAACGAGCUCAAGCGUGUCUCGACACGCCAAUCUGUUGCCAAACACUCGAAGCGUGCUGCCACCAUUACUAAGCGCUUUAUCAUUGAGCCACUCGAGGUCCUCCUCUACUUGCGGUAUCCUCCGGUUCUAGUGUCUGUUUACUCUGCUGCUAUUGCGUUCGGCGCCCUCUUCAUCCUGAACAUCUCCAUCCAGACCACAUUCCAUUCGGCACCCUACGGUUUCUCUACCAUCAUUGUCGGCCUGCUCUAUCUGCCCUCUUCUCUCGGCUACAUCGUUGCCUCGCUUUUUGGUGGACGCUGGACCGACAAGAUCAUGAUGCGCGAGGCCCACAAGGCCGGCCGCUACGAUGCCAAUGGCAACCCCAUCUUCCUACCCGAGGAUCGCAUGCGCGAGAACAUCUGGCUAGCUGCCAGUAUGUAUCCGGCCGCUAUGAUUUGGUUCGGUUGGACGGCGCACAACGGUGUCAAUUGGAUCGUGCCCUGCAUUGCCAACUUCUUCUUUGGAUGCGGGUCUAUGCUCGUAUUUGGUGCUGUCACGACCAUGUUGACUGAGUUCAUGCCACACCGGAGCAGUAGCGGUGUCGCCGUGAACAACUUUGUGAGAAACAUCUUCUCGUGCGUGGGCACAAUCGUCGCUCAGCCGCUUAUUGACGCCAUGGGUGUUGGAUGGUUGUGCACCAUGAUCGGGUUGUUCGCGUGGUUGACUGGCAAUUUGGCCAUUUGGAUGUUGAAGAGGAACGCGACUAAGUGGAGGGAGAGUAUGGACAAGGCGUUGAACAAGAAGGCCUAA